AUGACGCAAUACGAGAUGAAUCCCAAGCAGGCGACGCAGCGGCUGUCGGAGGAGAAAACGUUUGUGUUGUGGGACAUCAACGGCUGUCCGAUUCCCGAUGGUGUUGAUCCUCGUCAGGUUCGUCGGAGAAUAGAAUCGGCGUUGAAGAAAUCAGGCUACUCUGGUCGUCUCACCAUCACUGCCAUUGGCGACCUAAGACAAACCCCUGGCGACAAUGUCCUGCGAGAGCUUUCUUCCACUGGAAUCGCUCUUCAACAUUCCCACGGUUUGAGAUUUGCUUUCCUUUUAACGAAAACAGACAUUGUAUGGGGUUUGUAUGGGUGGACCUUUCCUAAUCCAUCUCCGGCUACUGUAAUGCUCAUAUCGGGUCAUUCUCAACGGAGAAAAUUAGCUCCUACACUUAAAAUCAUGAAGCAAGAGGGAUACACAACUCUUCUGGCAUCUCCUCAAGAUCCAGCUCCACUGGCAUCGCCUCAAGAUCCAGCUCCAGACGGGCUCUUGAAAAGCUAUCUGCUCGGUGUUUCUAAAGAGUGGCUCUGGAAUAGCUUACUGGAAGGUGUGACAUGGACGAUAAUAAACAGGAGACAACAAGACUUGUUCUUCAGGGUGGAUCUCGCUGCAAUUGCUCAGUAUGCUCUUUUGCUACCCAAAGCGUUGAAGAUUUCACCACGCAUCUCAAGAGUGAGUGGGACCUUGUGGCUAGUCACAGAGGGGGAGGAGAAAACGUUGGUGUUGUGGCACAUCAACAGCUGUCCGAUUCCCGAUGGUUAUAAUCCUUUUCUUGUUCGUCCGAGUAUUGAAUCUGCGUUGAGAAAAUCAGGCUGCUCUGGUUCUUUGACCUUCUCUGUCUGUGGCAACCUACUAACACAGACACCUGGUGCCAACGUCCUGCGAGAGCUCUCUUCCACUGGAAUCGCUCUUAAUCACGCCCACGGUUUAGAUUCAGCGACGCUGUUUUCCUUUAUUGAAACAGAAGUUGAAGGGGUUUUGUUGAAGUGGGCCCAUCAUAAUCCAUCUCCGGCUACUUUUAUGCUCAUAUCUGGUCCUUCUCAACUGGAAUGCUUAUUUUCUACACUUCACAAUCUUUACUCUUUGAGGGAUACACAAUUCUUCUGGCAUAUCCUCUACGAGAUCCUGCUCCAGACUGGCUCUGGAAAUGCAUUCCUGUUAUUGUUGAAAAAGAGUGGCUUUGGAAAAGCUUACUGGAAGAUGAAAUGGAUUCAGGGUCUGCCAGACUUGUUCUUCAGGACAAGUGCAGUGAAACGGGUGAGUCUCCCUGGUCUUGCUCAGUAUGCGAUUUUGGUGGCCAAAGCUCUGAAGAGGGAAAACUCUAAGAAGAGCAAGAGUGAAGAAGAAGGAGCUGAUGAAGAAGAGAAUAUUGAAACCUGUAUGCAUGAACAAGUCGUAGAAGACAUGGCCCAUGGGGUGUUGUUCUUCUCUUAAGACAUUUGAUAUGGUUAAUGAUGGUUUGUGUGUUGUGUUAUAACUAAUGUAUACUACUUCUGCUUAUUUUCUGGUCUCGGUUUUUAUUUUUAAAUUUACUAAUACAAACAAGCAAACGAAAGCCACGGCUAAGGUGGUAUCUUCUUAACUAGUGAUUAUUCCGCGCGUAAUAAUUUAUACAUAUAUCAAAUAUUUGAUAUAAAAGCAAA